AUGGCGCCCAAGAAGAAGAAGUCCGGCACUUCGGCCAAGCCAUCCACCUCGAAGGCUCCGCCGCCCGCAGCCUCAAAUGCCACGGGGGUUGCGGGGACAAGUGAGGACGUGAGCGCUGCUGGGGGCGUGGCAGGAGUAGGUGGCGCCAUCGCCACUCCCCCUGCAACUGACACGGGGGCUGAAGGCGUCGGAGGAGAACAACUUCAGCAGCGUUUCGAUGGUCAAGCUCCGCAAGGUGCGGACGGGAGGGUGACUCCGCUUACACCCCCUCCUCCCACUGGCGGGCGCAGCCAUAGCAACGGUACUCGGUCCGGGAUGAGCCACCGCCCUCCAACCGUCCCUGCCAUGGGGGCGGUCACGGCACGUGUGUCCCCUCCCGGGCGAGCCAACCCAACCACUGGACCCAACGGAGCCGCGGACCCUCGAGUGCCAUCGCCGCGCGACCCCGCUGCCCAGGUGGCCGCCCCACCACAGCGCGGGCGCGCUACCGCCGUCGCCGCCGCCGCAGGCACCGUCAGGAGCCAGGCGACGGUGCAGUUGAGGUCAUCAACUUCCAUGCCAAGCACGACCACGGAGGCUAUGGCGCGGGCCCAGCUGCUACUAAGGUUCCCUGCCAGUAGCCGAGCAAAUGGAUGA